AUCACAGUAACCGAUCUUUGUUUUACUCUUAGUCAUUUCAUAAUGAGUUGUUAUUCUCUGAAACUAUUUUAUGCACUUUUGCUGCUUUUAUUGCAUGCUGCUGGAUCCAUUCUUGGAUUCAACAGCCUUCCCAAUAGCGCAGAAAUUAAGUGCAUUGAGAGUGAGAGACAAGCACUCCUCAACUUCAAACAUGGCCUCAAAGAUGACUCUGGCAUGCAGUCUACAUGGAGGGACGAUGGCAAUAACAGAGACUGUUGCAAAUGGAAAGGCAUCCAAUGCAACAAUCAAACUGGUCAUGUUGAGAUGCUUCAUCUCCGUGGUCAGGAUACACAAUAUUUGAGAGGUGCAAUCAAUAUCUCUUCAUUGAUUGCCCUUCAAAAUAUUGAACACUUGGAUCUCAGCUAUAAUGAUUUUCCAAGGAGUCAUAUCCCAGAACACAUGGGCUCGUUCACCAACUUGAGAUAUCUCAAUCUCUCUUAUUGUGCAUUUGUUGGGAGUAUUCCUUCUGAUAUUGGAAAGCUUACACAUUUACUGUCUCUUGAUCUAGGUAACAAUUUUUAUCUCCAUGGAAAAAUCCCUUAUCAACUUGGAAACCUUACACAUUUACAAUAUCUUGAUCUAAGUUAUAAUUAUCUGGAUGGGGAACUCCCUUAUCAACUUGGAAAUCUCUCACAGUUGAGGUAUCUUGAUCUUGCGGGGGGGAAUUCAUUCUCGGGAGCACUCCCUAUCCAGAUUGGGAAUCUUUGUUUGUUGCACACUCUUGGACUUGGUGGCAAUUUUGAUGUGAAAUCUAAGGAUGCAGAGUGGUUGACUAAUCUUUCUUCCUUGACCAAACUUAGGCUAAGUUCACUACACAACCUUUCCUCUUCUCAUCACUGGCUACAAAUGAUCAGCAAGCUUAUUCCAAACUUAAGAGAGUUGAGGCUAGUUGGUUGUUCUCUUUCAGAUACAAAUAUUCAAUCUCUGUUUUAUUCACCUUCCAACUUUUCCACUGCUCUUACCAUCCUUGAUCUUUCUUCAAAUAAGCUCACAUCCUCAACAUUUCAACUGUUGUCAAACUUUCCUUCUCUUGUUAUCCUUGACCUUUCCUAUAAUAAUAUGACAUCAUCAGUCUUUCAAGGUGGUUUCAACUUCAGUUCAAAACUUCAAAAUCUUGAUCUGCAAAAUUGUAGUCUUACGGAUGGAAGUUUUCUUAUGUCAUCUUCCUUCAUUAUGAGUUCUUCAUCUUCUCUUGUUUUCCUUGAUCUCUCCUCAAAUCUGUUGAAAUCAUCAAUUAUAUUUUACUGGCUCUUUAACUCCACCACCAAUCUUCAUAACCUUUUCCUUUAUAAUAACAUGUUAGAAGGUCCCAUUCCAGAUGGAUUUGGGAAAGUAAUGAACUCUCUUGAAGUUCUUCACCUAUCCGAUAACAAACUGCAAGGCGAGAUUCCAUCUUUCUUUGGUAACAUGUGCGCAUUGCAGAGUUUACACCUCUCAAAUAACAAGUUGAACGGGGAAUUUUCUAGCUUCUUCCGAAAUUCUUCAUGGUGCAACAGACACAUAUUUAAGGAGUUGGAUUUAUCUUAUAACCGGUUGACUGGCAUGUUACCUAAAAGCAUUGGAUUGCUAUCAGAGUUGGAGUAUCUUAACUUGGCUGGGAAUUCUUUGGAGGGUGACGUCACUGAAUCCCAUCUUUCUAAUUUUUCCAAAUUAGAAUACUUGAACUUUGUCCCGAGUUGGGUUCCUCCAUUCCAAUUAAUACACUUGGGACUCCGUUCUUGCGAGUUGGGCCCCACUUUUCCUAGUUGGCUCAAGACUCAAAGUUCUUUGUAUUGGCUUGAUAUUUCUGAUAACGGGAUUAAUGACUCUGUACCAGACUGGUUUUGGAAUAACUUGCAAAAUAUGAUAUUAUUAAAUAUGUCUCACAAUUAUCUCAUUGGUUCAAUUCCUAAUAUAUCGUUGAAGCUUCCUCUCAGACCGUCUAUACUUCUGAAUUCAAAUCAGUUUGAGGGUAAAAUUCCGUCAUUUUUACUUCUGAAUUCAAAUAAUUUUUCAGAUUUGUUUUCAUUCUUAUGUGACCAAAGCACAGCUUCAAAUUUGGCCACUUUAGAUGUAUCACGCAAUCAAAUAAAGGGGCAACUGCCAGAUUGUUGGAAAUCAGUAAAGCAAUUACUGUUCCUUGAUUUAAGCAGCAAUAAAUUGUCAGGGAAGAUUCCUAUGUCCAUGGGCGCCCUUGUUAAUAUGGAAGCCUUGGUUUUACGAAACAAUGGUUUAAUGGGUGAGUUGCCUUCUUCUUUGAAGAAUUGCAGCAGUUUAUUUAUGCUGGACCUGAGUGAAAAUAUGUUGUCGGGUCCAAUACCAUCAUGGAUUGGAGAAAGUAUGCAUCAAUUGAUAAUCUUGAACAUGCGAGGAAAUCACCUCUCCGGAAAUCUACCCAUUCAUCUCUGUUAUUUGAAGCGUAUUUAA